CCUCGGAGAGAGAAGAGCGUACUUGACGUAGAAGGCCCUGGAGCGGCUCAACCUCGGCUUCUCCGGGUCCCGCGCCUCGGUUUCCCCGCGCGGGAUCCCUCCUGAAUGCGGGUCCCUGGCCCUCUCUGCUCCGCAUUGUCUGCUCUUCCCCGCGUUUCCCGAGCUCACCUUUCAGCUUCCCUCCCUUCCCAUCUCCAUGGCCGUAGUUUGCACUCUGGCCCCACAGGCUUGGCACACACUCUAUGCUCAUGCCGUUUUGUCACGCUUCUGCCUGGGCUGCCCCUCUCAGACCAAAGAGCUUUGGCAAUCGUUGUCAGAAACUUGUAUUUUACAGUAGGGGUCCUAGGUACGAGGUGGCUUCUGCUAGAUCACAGAUAGUUCUCUCUGAUCUUCCUUGUAGGUCUUCAAGGCUACAUCUUUCUCCAAAGGCAGACGUGAAGAACUUGAUUUCUUAUGUGGUGACCAAGACAAGAGCGAUUAAUGGGACAUACCAUCGUUUCUUGGGUCGUCAUUUCCCCCGCUUCUAUGCCUUAUACACAGUCUUCAUGAAAGGAAUACAGAUGUUAUGGGCUGAUGGCAAAAAGGCUAGAAGAAUAAAGGCAAAUAUGUGGAAGCACAAUGUAAAGUUUCAUCAACUCUCCUACCGGGAGAUGGAGCAUUUGAGACAGUUCCGUCGAGAUAUCACCAAGUGUCUUUUCGUAGGUAUCAUUUCCAUUCCACCCUUUGCCAACUACUUGGUCUUCCUGCUAAUGUACCUGUUUCCUAGGCAACUGCUUGUCAAGCAUUUCUGGACCCCCAAACAACAAAUUGAUUUCUUAGACAUUUAUCACAGUCUCCGGAAGCAGUCCCACUCAGAAAUCAUUACUCAUUUAGAAAGGGCCAGCGCUCUUGUUUCUGAUGAGAGGCUGCGGUGGCACCUGACAGACCUGUGCACCAAGGUGCAGAAUGGCGUCCACCCCACAGCACAUGACAUCCUGGCUCUCAGAGAGUGCUUCUCCACUCGGCCUCUGGGCUUUAGUCAACUCCAGGCUACGCACAUGAGAGCCUUGAGCCGGGCCAUGCUCCUCAACCCUCACCUGCCCCCCGCCGUGUUGAGAUGGCGCUUGAAGAGCCACACCACUGUGAUUCAACAGCUGGACAGGGCUCUGGCACAGCUGGGGAUUGGCCAGCUGACUGCUCAGGAAGUGAAAUCGGCUUGCUAUCUUCGUGGCUUGAAUUCUACCCAUAUUGCUGAUGAUAGGUGUCGGACUUGGCUGGGAGAAUGGUUGCAGAUUUCCUGCAGCCUAAAAGAAACUGAGCUGUCCCUCUUGCUGCACAACGUGGUCCUGCUUUCCACCAACUACCUUGAGACAAGGCGCUGAGUGAACCAUGGAGAGGAUGACAUUGUCCUGCAGUUGCAUAGUAUAGUAGCAUGGGACCAAAGAGCACUUGUCAGCAGUCUGCACUAUUAGUGUGGGAGACAGAGGAGCACACUAUCCAUCUGGGAGCUACAGACAUUCCCUCACAGCUUGAACUAAACAAACACCUGUGUGGUGCCAUCCCAUUAUGCUCACCUGGAAUUGACAAGCACCUCUGGUACUAGACUUUUGUUGUGAUGUAAUGUUUAGGUCCUAUUGAGUCAGUUUUUGCCCAGGUGGGAAUCAUUUAGCCUAAAAUUCAUGACUGCCAAGGUUUGUUUUUACAUUUCUAUUUUUUUUCCCCUGAGAUGAGUCUAUGUUGCCCAGGCUGACUUCAAGUUUCUGUGCUCAAGGGAUCCUCCCAGCUCAGGCUUCUGGGUGCUGGGACUACAGGUCUGUGUUACACGGCUUCACUGCCGUGUUCUUUACAGCCAUGAGGGCUUUUUGUUUUGUUUUGUUUUUUCCUGUGGUUUUCUUGAAACACUGUCUGUCUCACAUAGUUGAGGACGACUGUAAACUCCUGGCCUUCCUACUUGCACCUCCCAGGCUGGAAUACAGGAUGAACUGCCACACAAAGCCCUGUAAGGUGUGAGGAACUGGCCAAGGGCUCUCCACUCACUAGAGAAUUUCUGGGUGCCAAGAACACUGCAGAUUAGACUGGAGUACUAACACCUGGGCUUGUACCUGGACACCCACCUCUGCCAGUCUUUUCUUAUCCCUAUGCUCCCCCCACACACCUCCUUUGGUUUUUUGUUUUUGUUUUUGUUUUUUUUUUUUUGGCCUUUUCGAGACAAAGUCUCACUAUAUAGCCCAGGCUGGCCCUCAAUUCCUGGAAAUCCUGAAAAUUCUGCUACAGCCUCCUGGGUACUAGGAUUAUAGGCAUGAGCCUAUAUAUGCCUGGCCCAUCCUUUUUGAUGUGACCAAAAGUAGGGACACUUUUCCUCCUCACUAGCAUGGACUGUUCAUCUUUUAAUAUUCUCUGAAAAAAAUUUUUUUAAUUUAUGGGAACAUCCUAAAGGAGGUGAAAAGGAGAAGGACUGACUGCUUGGCCCCUCCCCUGCAAAUAUUUAGUGUCUUAAUUUUCAGGCUGUCACACAGUCCCUAAGGACCUUAUGUGUUUGCUACCUCCACUGUGUUGCACUAAGCCAUCUGUAGCCAGCAGUGGCUGCCUUCUUUAGGCCAUGGGUCAAUCACAUUCGGUAUUCAUUACUGCUGAGCUGGGAAACGAGAUCUGCACAAGAUAGUAAGCUGGGUUUGGCUGUUGUGUGUACAUCUAUGAUAACUUACUGUAAAUGCAUGAAGCAACUGUUUUUAAACCCAAGUAAAGACUGCCUGAAACCA